GGGUCAGGAGUCUCACCUACGCUGCUCUCUGCUCCCUUUUCUCCAACUUCCUCUCUGUGCUUCUAGCCCCCAUGGCCCCCAAAAAACCAGACCCCAAGAAGGAUGAUGCCAAGGCAGCCCCCAAGGCAGCUCCAGCACCUGCUCCUGCGCCAGCCCCCGAGCCUGAGCGCCCCAAGGAAGUUGCGUUUGAUGCCUCCAAGAUCAAGAUCGAGUUUACACCACAGCAGAUUGAAGAGUUCAAGGAAACCUUCAUGCUGUAUGAUCGCACGCCCAAGUGUGAGAUGAAGAUCACGUACGGGCAGUGUGGGGAUGUCCUGCGGGCUCUGGGCCAGAACCCCACCCAGGCUGAGGUGCUCCGUGUCCUAGGGAGGCCAAGGCAGGAAGAGCUUAACACCAAGAUGAUGGACUUUGACACGUUCCUGCCCAUGCUCCAGCACAUUGCCAAGAACAAGGACACAGGCACCUAUGAGGACUUUGUGGAGGGGCUUCGGGUCUUCGACAAAGAGGGCAAUGGCACUGUCAUGGGUGCAGAGCUCCGCCACGUGUUGGCCACGCUGGGUGAGAGGCUAACGGAAGACGAGGUGGAGAAACUGAUGGCCGGGCAAGAGGACUCCAACGGCUGCAUCAACUACGAAGCAUUCGUGAAGCACAUCAUGGCCAGCUGAACCUCCCACCCUGGGGAGACCAUGGAGGCCACGCUGGGGACUGCCUGACUUGCUCCUUCCCCACCCCGAUGCCAUGGCCCGGAGCAGUGGGAAGGUGGGCAGUGCGCUGAGGGUCCUGUGCAGGCUCCCUCUGUGCAGCCCUGGCGACCAUGCUGCCCGGCCACCACCUCUGCUUCGAUCAGGCCUCGGGCCGCACUGACCUGGGCCCCUCUGUCCCCACCCCGACACCCCGUGGGCCUCAGAAAUAAACGGUUUCUUUCCUUC